CCGCGCGCCUUUUAAAAAUAAAACCUGUUCCAUGAUGAGCACCGAUGCGGAUUGGCUCCAGGCCGCGUGGGAAGAGUGUCCUAAUUAGCAUAAUGGGAGUUUCCUCGCCUUGACUUCCGGGUGUUUGGAAAGAUGGCCGUGGCGGUGAUGGAGCCUGUGCUGGAAAGGCUGGAGGAGCCCUUAUUGGGGCCUGAUGGUGAAGACAGACGCAGAUCUGGAGAUGUUAUGGAAAUGCUACAGCAGUAUAAGAGCCGAUGGAGAGCCAUUCGGAUAAUGUACCUUACCAUGUUCUUCAGCAGUGUUGGUUUUUCUAUUGUAAUUAUGUCAAUAUGGCCAUAUCUUCAAAAGAUAGAUAAAACUGCAGAUGAAAGCUUCCUUGGCUGGAUUAUUGCAUCAUAUAGUAUUGGUCAAAUGAUAGCUUCCCCCUUCUUUGGAGCAUGGUCUAACUACCGGCCAAGAAGAGAGCCUCUUAUAGUUUCAACUACUAUUUCGGUGGCUGCUAAUUGCCUCUAUUCCUAUGUCCAUUUACCCACUUCUCACAACAAAUACUACAUGCUGGCCGCUCGAGCCCUGGUGGGAUUUGGUGCAGGAAAUGUAGCAGUAGUUCGGUCAUACAUUGCAGGUGCUACUUCUCUUGCCGAACGAACAAGUGCUAUGGCAAACACUAGUGCAUGUCAAGCAGUGGGAUUCAUACUGGGACCAGUUUUCCAGACUCUUUUUACACUCAUUGGAGAAAACGGAUUUACUUGGAAAAUCAUUCAUCUCCAGGUGAACAUGUACACAGCACCCGUUCUGUUUGGAGCUCUUCUAGGAAUUAUUAACAUUGUUCUCAUUGUUGCUGUAUUUAGAGAACAUCGUGUAGAUGACUUGGGACGGCCACAAAAUAGCAUUAACUGUGAAGAAAAAGAAAAUGAUGAAGUGGGCCAGGAAACCCAAGCAAAUAUUGAUCAUGUGGCCGUUGUAUCAACAAAUUUCCUUUUCUUUGUCAUCUUAUUUGUUUUUGCAGUCUUUGAAACCAUAGCUACACCAUUGACAAUGGAUAUGUAUUCCUGGACCAGGAAAAAAGCAGUGUUUGUCAAUGGCAUAAUCCUUGGUGCAGUCGGCAUUGAAUCAGUCAUUGUAUUUGUAGCAGUUAACACCCUUUCUAAAAGAACUGGUGAACGUGCUAUACUUUAUGGAGGCCUAGUGAUUAUCUUGGUUGGAUUCUUUAUCUUACUACCUUGGGGAAAGCAGUUACCUAAUAUCCAAUGGGAAGAUGUGAAGAAUAAUUCAAUUCCUAGAACUGCCUUCAGUGAAACUCUUGCCUUAUUUUGGACACUGCAAACCCAGCUUUCAUCCAAUAAUACGGUUGAAACCACUGGGUGCCCUAUUAUACAGUCCUGGUGCCUCCAUACUCCAGUAAUCCAUCUGGGCCAAUACAUCACUACAGAUAUUCUAAUAGGCCUGGGUUAUCCAGCUUGUAGUGUUAUGUCAUACACCUUAUAUUCAAAGAUCUUAGGACCAAAGCCUCAGGGAAUUUACAUGGGCUGGUUAACUGCCUGUGGAAGUGCUGCCCGUAUACUUGGCCCAGUCUUUGUCAGCCAACUCUACACACACUUCGGACCCCGCUGGGCUUUCAGCCUCAUCUGUGUAAUUGUUGUUCUUUCUCUCUUACUCUUGGAAAUAGUGUAUAAGAGACUUGUUGCAUUUUCUGUCAGACAUGAGAGGCUACAAGAGCAACUUUCUUAAGAAUGGGUAACUGCUGAUCCGUUUGUGCACCACUGUUAGUGCAGAAGUGCAAUUUUAUGUCUAAUGGAAAUGCAUAACUACUGUAGAUCAUCUUAACACUACUACAAUAACAUGUUGAUUAGGAGACUUGUGUUCAGUAAGGGUUGGCUACUGUGAUCAAAGUAGGUACCAAAAGCUCUAAUACAUAUAGUUGAAGAGAUGACCAGAAUCCCAACUUCACUUUCGAAUGCACUUAUACUUUUUAAAAAAUAUCUUGAUUCUGUGAAUCAGGUCUUAUAAAACUGUUUUUCAAAUUGAACUUGAAUUCUUUGUGCUUCAUAAAGCAUAUGAGACCUCUUACAUUUUAAUAGAUCUUAACAAGGCUUGACAGAAAAUGCUGGAGGUAAAUGUAUCUCACUGUAGAUGCCUUAUCUUGAUUAAUAUAGGUGCGAAUAGAAUUUGAUAAGAACAAUACAGUAAUUUGUCAUGCUGUUUUUGGAGCUUUGAUUUCAAUGUAGUUGCUGCUACUAAUUAUAGCUGCUUUUCAGCUCUUGCCAGUGGAAAGCAAGUAAGAAGGUAAUUGAGAAUAACCUCACUUUGUCCAAAAUACGGCUGCUAAUGUAUAGUAACACAGCAUUUGCUGCCAUUAACUAAUGAAAGCAUUCACUGUUCUCCAGGCAUUUCUAUAAAAAUGUAGAGAAUAGUAUCAUUUGUCUGAAUUAUUUAUCUGCUACUUAAUAAAACUACAAGAAAUUGCACUGGGAUCGUCAUAAAAUUAUAAUUUCUGUAACACCUUGAAUAUUUUUAACAGUUUUACUGUUUCUUCAAUAGAACCUAAGCAAAACCUUUGUGAUUAUUAAAAUGAAAUGAGCUAUAUCUCCCC